AUGACACAUAUAGAUUUCUUUUUCGCACCAGAUAUGUCUGUGGACUUUGAACGAAUGAAUUUAGAACAAAAUGGUUCAGGUGAAAUCGUAUCUGUUAAUAACGACCAACAUAAUUUAUCCAUGAAUCUUUUAAAUUUCAUAAAUGAUGAAAAUUCAACUCGUCGUAACUCUAAAUAUGACGCGAAAGUUGAAAUCAAUGAUGACGCUGAUAACGCUUAUGCGGUUAUUGUCAACAAAAUGAGCAUAGAACAUUUGUUACAAAAUGAAGACGGGAAGGAAGUUAUCUAUACAGAUUAUUUUUCGGACAUAUCCACGAACGACAAUGAAUAUUUUGUGAAAAAGGAAAUUUCGGAUGAUGUCGAAAUUUCAUCUAACUUAAUGAAUGAAAAAGAAAAUUAUGCUUUUACUAGUUUUGGUGACAUUAUAAGUACACACAUUGAUGAUGCUGUGAAUAUACAGCAAAAUGGCCCUUUCAAAGCCAUGGAAGGAGAAAGUACGAAUAUUAUAACAUCUUCAGAUGCGAAUGCAAUUGAAGUAUCACUUGUUUCGUUGAACCACGUGACAUCAAUUCACGAGAUUACAAAUGAGCCCAAUAACAAUUUAUCAGACAAUAGCAUAAUUGAAAGAGGUAGUAUUUCUAAUGAACAAGUAACACGAGAGCCCGCAUUUGAAAACUCAGAUCGUUUGACAAGUUUCAGUGAUAAGAAUACGAGUAACGAAGAUUCAAAUGAUCUACAAGCAAGUGCCCUCCUUCUUCUUGCUGAUCUUGCCAUUGCAGAUAUUGAUGCUUCACCAAUUCUAGCGAAUGGAGAAAUACCUAAUGUGUCAUUAUCUGAUAUAAAUGCACAGGUUUGGGAUGGAAUAAAUGAUUCUGAUUUUAAAGUAAUCUUGGGAUUUCAAUCCUUUAUUAAUAAAAAACACUUUAUGGACAUUUUCAAGGAAGUUGCGGCGGUACCAAUAAAUGGUAAUCAAAUUAGAAUAAAAGAUAUUAUUUGUCAAGAGAACCAAGAUGAUUCUGAUGGUUUACCGAAUCUUCAGUUUAUUCCGGAACAACUUAAAAAAGAUUUUAAAUGCGAGCAAGAAAGUAUACAUUGUCAAGAUAAUCUGAUCGUACCAAGUGAUUCAAGUAUGAUGAUUCCGGAAAUACACGAUGGAUUUGAACAAAUACGCGACAAGAACAUGGUCGUAUCCACCAAUAUCGUUAUGGAUACUGAUGAGAAGACUAUAAAUGAAAAUGAAAACAAUAUGUUAAAUAAUAAUAACAAUUUCCAGAGCCGUCAAUUUUCUGAUGACAAUGUCUUAUUUAAGGAAUCCUAUGCAAACUUACUUACGAAGAAACAACCGGAAUUUAUAGAACAGACAUUACCUCAGAGUCUUUCUGAUAGUGAUCAAAAUUCAGAUAAUAAAAAUAAUAUUUCCGACGACGGAAAAUUUUCGAGCGAUUUACAAUCAUUUGAACAUACCGUUACUGAUGAUGAGGUUGUUUUAGCGGACGAUAAUAUUUUGUCUUUAUCGCCUUCAUGUGAGCAAAUCAAAAAUAAGACAGAAAAAGAAUAUUCAUCUAUUGAUGAUGAACAGAGUACGAACCGACCGUCAACUGAUGAACAAUUAAUAGAAGAUACUGAAAAUGCUAUCACUUCUGAAGAGGAGUCGUAUUCGAACGAAUCGAUAACAGAACCUAUCAAAUGUGAAAUUUUACCGCCCACAUCUCCUCAAAGUGGACAGCAAUUAAGUAUAUCUCCCUCGACAAUAAUAACUAGAAGCAUGGUUGCUUCACUCAACUUAAAGGACUCCACAAGUUCGAUGAGCUUAGAUGAAAAGAAACGGCUACUUUUAGAAGUACGCAAAAAGAAAUCAAUGCUACGUAAUAGUAUCAUUCAGGAUAAGCAAGUACAAGAUGUUGAUGAAGACAAUGAAAAUAGCUUGGGAAUGAAUUCAGAUAAAUUGUUACAUAAAAAGAAAAUACCUAAUAAAUUAAACAGCACGGCACUUAAUCGAUUAACUAAACAAAAUACAGAUAAGAAUAAAGGAUAUCUUUGUGAUCUUAAUGUAGUAGUAGUAAGAAAGAACAUUCCAAAACCACCAAGUCCCACUUCAAAACUUUACGAAAAAACGAAAAAUGGAGGAGGGAUUAUCUCCGCUUUAAGAUCACGUAAUAAUAUAGGAAAGGACAAUAUAGGUUCAUGUAUACCUGUCCUGAAAUCACGUGGCGAUCGACAAAAUCGAGGUGAAUCUUCUAGUAAAGGAGUUCAUUGGAAUGAAAGUAGAUUAGUACAAGAAUCGUCUCCUUUUAUAAAGUCAUCUCCUAGAACAGCAAGACAAAAACCUAUUCCUAAACCGUGCUUAAAACAAAUGAACACACCCAUAGAUUCACUCGGUAAUGUCCUUAAUGCUAAUAGCAGUUUAACACCCAUGGUAAAACGGGGAAUCAAAGUCACCGUAAAACAGGUUAAAUAUAAAGGUGAAGAGUAA